AUGGCCGAACCAGCUGCUGGCUAUGGCGCUGGAGACGAGUCAGACGAGGAGGAGCUCGCGCUCGACGACGAGGAAGGGCCCACGGAACACCUGUUCGAUUGGGGGCUCCUGAACGAGGAGGAGCUCGCGGCCGACGGCGCGGACGCGGCCAGACACCUCCACGUCGCGGCCUAUAAGUACCGCGCCGCUGCCAAGCGCGCUAGAGCGGCGGGCGACGAGGAGGUCGCGGCGCGCCGCCUCGCCACCGCGCAGGAUUACCUCGCCAUGGUCAACCGGAUCGUCCCCAACUGCAUCGAGACCUCCAUCCUCCUCGCCAAUGUGCUGUUCUUGGCAUCGAAAGACGACGAGGCGAAGAGCGAAGUCCUUCGGGCCAUCGGAAUCCCCAACCCCAUCGUGUCUAGCGGCCUGCCCAUCAUGUCCAGCGGCGACCCGUUCGUGAGGAAGACCGAGGACCAGAGAGCGGAGAACUGCACGCAAAGGGCUCGCAUCUCCCUCCGUGUCACUCUGGAUUGGAUUUGCAGCAACCGGCCGCGUGCUACCGACGCCGUCUGGAAGGUACUUCAGGGUUACUGGAACUCCAUGACAAGCGAGAAGCGGGGCAGCUUCCUAUCAGUGAGUCUCGAUGAGCUGCAUAAGUACUAUGAUGAAGUUUACCAAGAUGACCACUGGGCUGCAAGUACCAUAUCUGAUGCACUGAGCUUUGUGAAGCAAACCGGGUCGUGGAGGUUCUGGAUUUGCCCCUACUGUAUUGGCGAGAAGUUACCAGAUGCACUGUCCCUCUUGGGGCACAUGCGCAGCGAGCACCCAGCAGAGGAAGACCUGCUGGAGGUGUGGUCACGCCCAGAACUGAAUGAGGAUGCAUCCGUGGAUGAUGAUUCUUUGGAUGAGAUAACUGUUAGUCAAGAUUCAGAGGACCAUUACUUCUUCCAUUUCAACGAGAUAGAUCGUAUAUUUCAGAACUUGGAUUUUCUGCCAAAUAGAAUUAGCAUAACUGAAGAAAAGUCGUUUGUUAAGACACGAGAUGAGAAAUGCGAAGAAGGAACUAAACGCCUACAGGAGAUGAAUCAGAAGUGGAAGAAGAAUUUGCACAACACAGACAACUCAAGUGCUGAGGCCUGUUUUAAAUUCCCAGACUUGUGGUAUGAUUUCCUCGCGAAUUCUACGUUGGAUUAUCGCGUAGCCGUCUUGCCCCUUGCAAAGUCAUUCCUAUGGGCUGAGUUGAUAAAAUCCAUGAUUGAAGACAAUGCUGAGCCUGAUACUGAAAUGGUAUCUCCUAAUGUUUAUGCCCCCGGCAGCAUUGCCAUUGGGGAACAUAUCUAAAGCUCUCCAAUGGAAACAAGGCCCAUAAAGGUGGAUAUGACCAGCAAGCAGAUAACUUGAAGCCUUCCGGCUCGGAUGAGACACUUGAGCUUCUUGAAAAAUGUGAAGAAAGCGAGGUUUGCUUUGGAGAUAAAAAUUCUGGGACCGUGGUAAACCAAAACUUAUCAGGUCCACCAAUCUACCAUGACAAAAAUGGGAAAUGGAGGGUAGCUGCUGCUCUACUAAAAAAAAAAGGCUAUACAGGAACUUCAUACCAUUUUGUUAAGGAAAUGGAAAGUACCUCCAGCUCUCAAUUAAUUGGUACUGUUUUCAGACGAAGCAAUGUUGAUGAAGACCUGUCUAUCUUGCAUCCAAUCAUGCAGGCACUGUGCAAUCUGAGGCAUUUCAGAGAGAAAUUUCUAGCGGGACAACUUGUACGGAACCCAUCUAAUGACAGCCCUCCCUGCAUUGCUGGCAUAUUUUAUGGAAUCUUGUAUGCUUUGGAAACAAAAAAACUUCACCUAACAGUAGAUGUACUGACUUCUGUGAAGACCAUUCUUCAGGAACUUGUAGAUGACAGCAGUAUACAUGGAAAGUUUCAGGUCGGCAGAAAAUUUUCUUCCAAGAUUGUGACCACAAUGCUCAAUAGAUUGCACAUGUCAGAAAAUUCUUCGAGCUCUGGAUUCAACAGGGAGAUCAGUAGACAGGUAGCGAACCAUACCUGUGGAGAAUGCAUAUGCCCAACACAUAAUAUUUUUGGGAUCAAAUUCGACGUGCAAAUGAGCUGCCAUUGUGGGAAGUCUUCCCACAAAGGCCUAUAUACUACACUUUUCCAUAAACUUGAUGCUGGUUCGCCUCAAACAAGUAAGGUCAAGUCCUUUGCAGACCUUCCGGUUCUAUUGGAUGAGCAUUUCUAUAAGGAGAACUGCUGCAAGCAUUGUGGAAGUCUGGACAAUAUUAUUGAUCUCUUUCUUUCAAACACUCCACACUUCUUUAGAAUAGUCUUGAACUGGGAAGGCGGCAGCGAAAGCCAGGAUACUCGCUAUGACGUGCUGGCUGAUAUUACGUCUCCCCAUCACACUGAUUUUUUUUGCAGAAGUGAUCAUUCUGCAACCAAGUAUACCGUGGCCUCAAUGGCAAUGCAAAAAGGAGGAGAAAGGAAUGAGCUAUUUGGUAUUGGUUGAUAUCCGUUUCCUGAGAGUUUAUAAGUUGUGGUGCUAUUUGUCACUUCCUUAGCUGGUACCUGGUGCUACAUUCAUUUGGAGAUGACUGUGAGGCGUCUUAAUUAUCAGCAUAUAUAUAUUGGAUUAUACUCAUAAGCCGAGAGAAGCCAAGUUGGUAUUAAGAAGGUUCCUGUUUUUUCUAGAAUAAAUUGGAGCAUGGUAAUAAGUGAUUAAUUGGCGUGCUCACCAGGUUAUGAUAAGACAUUUUCUUGUAUUUCUAAAGAAGCUGCUAAGGGAAACCUAAUGAUGCAUCAUACCUGAGUUGCUUCAUAUAGUACAGUGGGGAUAUUUGCAAGUUCUAUUUGGGACACGUGUUCUCCUGUCUACUUCACUGGUACAAAAUAUAUAUGGAACAAUGAAGACACGAAGUUGACAGUUUUUUCUUUCACAUAUUCUAUUGAUUGAACAUUUGAGAGAUCUGCUAUUGUGAUGAUCGCUACGUCUGCGUUGCUUGGAACGAGGACAAGGACGAGUGGCUCAUUGACGACUACGACACUGUUCAGACAGAAGAUGACUGGGAAUUGAGAGAACGUUUGAAAGAGCGCAAGCUACGGCCAGAAGUUAUAUUUUUUGAGGUCGACGAGUAGCCUUCCAGAACUCUGUCAUAAGAUCAGUUUUACUUGUCACCAUUUCGAACCUGGUUCGGUCGUGUCUGGACCAAUACUCACGCCAGCAUGUAAAGCGGCAGCUUAAUUAGGCUAGGCCUUUUUCCGACCAGUGGACCCAACAGUCCGAAAGACUGUCAACUGCGCUGAAACGCAAGAUUUUGGUCGUCUGUAAUUGUUCGCUCCAAAAGUUGGCGUUAAGGGAAGAAAAACGAAUCCAAAAGUUGUGGUGGUGUUCUGUAAAACCUUCUCCUAAUUCCUAAAAGU